AUGACGCCGGAUCUCCCACCCAGGGUAGCCGAACAUGAGGAAGCGUUCCGGGGUUUAACAACUGCUUCUCUCGCCACGCCUGUACCACAAUCUACCACCGGCAUGCCAACCGCAGCAGUUCCAGCAACACAGGGAGCAGGAGGAGGAGCCAUCUACGUCUCCCUUCCCGCCACCGGUACUCUAGCUCCGGCAUGGAUCCCCCAAGGGAUGGCCCCAAUGGGUGUGGGAGGUGACGUCUCCGUUCUCCUCCCCCAACAACAGCAGAGUGGAGCGGGAGCACCGCUGCCAGCUACCAUGAUAGUACCCUCGCAGCAAGGAUAUUGUGUUUACUUUCAACCGCACGUGCAGGCCCAGAGUCAAGGAGUUGUUGAGCUGCCAACGCAGCUGCAGCAGUUGUGGACUAGGGUUAAGUUAUCAGAGGGGAGGGCGGAAUUGAAGUGA